CAAGGCAAGUGUCCACGCCCUUCAGAGUAAAAGCUACACCCCAGUCUUUCACACCCCAGUCUUUCAGGAACUUGUUGUAAGCCAGAAGUAAAAGGACUGUUGUUAGCCAGAAGUAAAAGGACUGUUAUUGGGCAUUGACAUGAUGACUAAAAUGAGUUGGAUUGUAACAAUUUUGGGGAGAAACUAAGCACAGAUAAAGCUUAAGAUCAAGAGAAAUGGCAACCAGAGAUUCAUCAACAUGUGACCUCAAAGUUGUCCUUCUUGGCGGCAGAAACUCUGGGAAGAGCGAAGUGGGCAAUGUGCUGCUGGACAGGGAGGAGUUUGUCAUCAAYGAGCGGACCACGUGCUCUAGGAGGGUGGGAGAGGUGGCAGGUGGGUGGGUUACUGUGGUGGACACACCUGGCUGGUGGUGUGACUUCAAGGUGCAGGACACGCCUCAGCUGGUGAAAAGGGAGAUAGUGCGCAGUGUCUCUCUGUGCACCCCGGGACCCCAUAUUUUCCUUAUCGUCAUUAAGGCACACUCAGUGUUCUGUGAGAAGCGUCGCAGGGCUGUAGAGGAGCACCUGGCCCUCCUCAGUGAGAGAGUGUGGAGUCACUGUAUGGUCGUCUUCACCUGCAGAGACUGGCCUGGACACAUGCACAUGMWGCAGCAAGUCAAGAGAGGAGGCACGGCCCUCCUGUGGCUGGUGGAGAAAUGCAGUCAUAGGUAUCACUGCCUCAACUUGAAGAGUGGACCAGGUGGAAAUCAGAUCACAGAGCUGUUCAYGAAGAUGCAGAGACUGGUGARAGAAAAUAGUGACAGCUAUUUUAAAAUYGAGGGACUGRUUUUACAAGAGGUGGAGGAAAAGAAGAGGAUAGUGGAYCAAAGGGCUCAGCAGAGAUUGAUGAAGAUGCAGAAACAGAGAUCUCUGCUCAAUGGGGAGUCAUGUCAUCUCUCCGAAAUCAGAGUCGUGCUGCUUGGAGCUCGGGGCUCAGGGAAGAGUUCAGCAGGAAACACCAUCCUGGGUCAAGGAGGAAGCUUUGAGGUCAGAAGGAGAACAGRGCAAUGCAUGGUGGGAGCAGGGGAUGUUGCUGGGAGACAAGUCACUGUGGUGGACACUCCAGGCUGGUGGAUGAAUUACUUCUCUCAGGAUAGUCCUGUUUUUGACAGACAGGAGAUAGUGUGUAGUGUAUCUCUUUGCUCCCCUGGUCCACAUGCCCUCCUGCUGAUGGUGCGUGUGYACCGGUCCUUCACAGAGACCUACAGGAGAGCUGUGCAGGAGCACCUAGAGCUCAUCACAGACACAGUCUGGGCUCACAUCAUCGUCCUGUUCAACUUUGGGGAUUGGCUGGGAGACACAACCAUCGAGCAGCACAUUGAGAGUGAGGGAGAGGCCCUCCAGUGGCUUGUGGAGAAGUGUGGCAACAGGUAUCAUGUCCUCAACAAUAGAAGCAACUCAGGAUUUCAGGUUARGGAACUGAUGAGAAAGAUUGAGGAACUGAUGUCAUGCAACAGCAGUUGUUACUGUAAGAUUGAGGGUGGCAUUCUGCAGGAGUUGGAGGAGAAGAGGAGGGAAGAACAGAAAAGAGCAGGYGAGAGACUGACGAGGAGGCAGAAACAAAGAGAGACUGCCKGAUCUCUAUUAGGGGAGCUCUACUGUCCCUCAGAGCUGAGAAUAAUGCUGCUGAGUGGRCGCAACACAGGCAGGAGCUCUGCUGGAAACACCAUCCUGGGCAGAGAGCACUUUAAAGUAGGGUGCCAUGCCACUGACUGUGUGGAAGGACAAGGAAAGGUCAGGGGUAAGACUGUGACAGUUUUGGACCCACCAGGCUGGCUGUCAGUGGGUCCUGGCUCCCUGAUGUCUCCCUCAGCCUCUGGGGUAACUGUGGUCCUGGUGGUGGUGAAUGUYAGCUCCUCCUUCAGCCACACUGUCUGGAGAACAGCAGUAAAACACCUGGAGGCGCUCGGAGAGAAAGUAUGGAAUAGAACCAUGGUCCMAUUCACCUUUGGYGACUGGCUGGGGGACACGACCAUCGAGCAGCGCAUUGAGAGUGAGGGAGAGSCCCUCCAGAGGCUUGUCGAGAAGUGUGGCAACAGGUAUCACGUGUUGGACAAUAAGAGCCAGGGGACUGGUGCACAGGUCACUGAGCUGCUACAGAAGAUAGAGGAGAUGCUGGUGGAGGAGAGGUUGGAGGUUCUACAGAGAAGAGAACAGGUUGGGAAGAGUCUCACAGUGAUUCAGGAGCCAGAGAUGGAUGGAGUGAUGGGAGAGGGCAUAGAGGUCCUUGUAGKAAACCACACAGACYCUCCCUUUCAUGAUGUGUGUGAGGUGGCUAGUUCAGAGGACCUUCUAACCCCAGAUGACUCAGGAGCCCCAGACUUUGGUGGACAGGAGUUGGCACUACCAGAYGCCAGCGGAGGAUGGUGGACUYAAGCAAAUCACUCCAUCCUGGAUGUGGAGGGGUUUCUGUCCUGCAUGGCCAGUGUGCUUCAGGGGAAUCAGGAGGGGCUGAUGUGGAACAUGGGGGGCAGACAGARGCUAGUGGUGAACCUCCCAGACUGUCUCCACACUGGARCUACUCAGAGCCAUCAUCUGAGAUGGAAUGGACAGAAUGGUAGAAAACCYGUCACCCUGUUCUCUCCAGGACACCAAGCUCUCCUCCUGGUCGAGCAACCCAAAGAACCAGAAAGAAUGCUGGUGAAGAAACAGGAAGACAUUGUSGAUACACAGUCCCUUGGACACCCSAGGCUGAGGGACAGGACCCUCAAGGAGAUUGCCAGAACAGGAGGCRUGCAGGCCUUGAUUGACCAAUGGGGGAACAGUAAUUUGGAGGAGCUUGAAUCCUUCAUUGACUCCUAUUUUGAAAUGGUGUGGAAGAAAACCAUGGGGUCUUUCAUAGUAGAGGAGGAGGACUGUCUCACCAGCAACAGCCCAGAGCUGAAUGAUGUUGGGGAGGAUCUUGUAAAUAAUGGUGGCCAGGAGGUGCUGUCAUCCAUUGACAAGAAGCUGUCUAAGCUGGACAUCCUGGAAGGCUUGCAGAGACUUGCUGGACCUCAGACAGAGUCUGGAUCACAGCUGUGACAUCAUACAGGAACUCAGGGACAAAAGUAAAGCAACACAAAAGCCUGCUGUUCCCUCUGAUGCAGGGGAGGCAGAAGUGGAGGAAAGUUGCUAGAGGAGAGAUGUUCAACAAUAACAUAAAUGAUAAGUUAUAGAUUGGUUUGUUUUAUCUAAAUAUGCCCUAACAUCAUUGUUCAGGUAACAACUAAUUAACAGUAUUGAUUUAUUGAUGGAGUUAAUGCUAAUGGUGAGGCAGUAUAUUAACUUCAUGAUGUCAUGUGUUUCCACAAGGGGGAGCCCUCUGACAAGCAAUUGUGGGGGGUUGGUCUCCUGCAUAGGUUACUGRAUCUAUUCACUACAUGAAAUAUUUCACUCCAUUUUUAUGCAAGAUACCAGUCAUUUUAAAUCAGUUAUUGUUGAUCAUUUCCUAGAUGAUAAUUUUAUUUAUCUUAUGAGGCUUGUAUAAAGACAGACAUAUCAGGGUCCAGAUGACAGCACGUGUCAUGCCAUAAAAGUAACAUAUUACAUCAUGAAACAUAUCAUACCAUCCAAGGGGCGACUCRUUUUUUGUYUUUGCUCAUGGYAUGACUUGUUCGAGUCAAUGUAAAAAMAAUUGACAGCAACAAAGACUGAGAGCCGUGACCCUCUUAGGUGGUGGGUAAGCUGAGGAUGAAAAACUGUCUGACUGUGCUGUGGUGU